ACCUUAGAUUGUAUCCUGUUGGCGUGUUUACCACAUGUCAAUGAAUCGCCACGGAAUGUCACUAACAACAGACAAAGAGGAUAGAGACCCAGUAAAUGUGUUUACAGAGGAAGACUCUGAAGACAAAACAAACUGUUUCGAUCUGGACGACUUUUCCCGCGAGUAUGCCGGGGACAUGUCGGAGUUGGAGGGGAGAGUGUCGGACCUUCGCGACCGGGUUAGACAGAUCAGGGGCACCGGGAGGAGAGUCCGCUGUGAGUUUGACGAUCUGGAGGGAAAGGUGGACAGCAUGCUGAGGGAAACAAGGGGGAUAAAAAAUGGCGUCAAACAGGAAAUGUAUCUCGAAAAGGUGCUGCGUUGUCUGUCAGAGGACCCCUUGAACGACGUCGCGCUGCAGAAGUUCGAGGACGUCUCCGUGUCCCCGACUGUCUCCAGACGGACUGCGCCGCCGCCGAGACCGCCACGACCCGGGAUCCUCAGCCGACUGUUCAGGAAGAGAUCUCAGCGGAAAGUCCGACCAGUUCCCGAGCAGGACGUAGUCGUCUGAGAUAACCUUAAAACUCUUUGUCAUUACUGUAUCAUUUUGAAUGAACGUUGCUUUUUUAUGGUG